CUAACGUGCCCAAUAACGCGGCAAAAGAUGGGAGAACAAAAUGUCUGUUAAAAGUGAGACGAAAUUGUACGUACACAUUUCAAAGUUUGUAAACCUAAGUACGUGUAUGUGUAUACUGUAUACAAACCGCACUGUACAAGUACAUUGAACAGUUUGCAAUGGAAACGGACCCUGAUUAUAUGUUUGUGGUCUCCGACAAUGCGUUAGCAGAAGAAAAGAAAGCUAAACAAUGUCAGGAGAGUGCAAGAGAAGAAAUAAAAAACAGAAUAAGAAGUAUAAUUCAAGAAAAAUUUAAUGAAGAAAUUGCUGCAAAGGAAAACGAAGCCACAAUAAUCACAGAAAGAUUAACAAACGCACGGCAAUUACUUGACCGACUGCGAGCGUGCGCUGUGGCAAGUUAUUAUGCUUCAAGCUUUCGAAAAACGGUUGAAAAGAGUAAAGUACCUGAAGCAGGCACUGCCCACCACCCAGCUAUUCAGAAUGUUUUAAGGAAAGCUGUGACGUCAGUGCUAAGUAAAAACAUUCCUCCUAGAAGUGAAGCUUCAAAUUAUGAUGAUAACAUAAUAUACAAUCAACCAGCUGAAGCUAAUGGCAUAAGUUGCACACAAGAUGAAGUAAACAACCCAAAACCUGGAAAUCUUAUUCAAAAUGAUCCUGAAGUGGAAAACAUAGAAAAAGAAACAAGUGAAAAUAUGGAUUUGGUUGAAAAACAAGACAUUGUAUUUCCUACUCCAGUAACUGGUGGUCGCCACCGAAUCACUAAGACUAUAAUUGUUGGGAAUAUAUCCAAGUAUAUUGCACCGGAUAAACGUGAAGCGAAUGAUAAAUCCACCCAUAAAUGGAUGGUGUACGUGAGGGGAGGAAAUGAUGAACCAUCCAUUGAUCAUUAUGUUAGAAAGGUUUCUUUCUUCCUUCACCCCAGUUAUCGACCAAACGACCUCGUCGAUGUUUGUGAAUCACCCUUCCAUCUUACGAGGAGGGGGUGGGGGGAAUUCCCUAUUCGGAUACAGCUUCACUUCAGCGACCCCCGGAAUAGAAGAGUUGAUAUUAUUCAUCAACUCAGACUUGACCGAUCAUACACAGGAUUACAAACCCUUGGUGCUGAAACUGUUUGUCAGAUUGAACUCGAUCAAUCAACCAUCGGUGUUAAAGUUGAUAAUUUGUUACAACAUGCAAAUUUAGAACAAAAGGAAGAGGAUCAAAAAGAGAUGGCUGAAGAUACUGAAGAUAUUCAAACAAACCCACAAGUGGAUGAGAAACCAGAUGUUAAAACUGAUGAAAAAUCUGCUCAAGAUGAAAUGGAAGCACAGGGCGAUGUUGCAAUGAAUGAACAACCAACAGGUACAAUUGAAACUAAAUCACCGAACCCUGAAAUUUCUGUCAAAGAAGAAGUUGCAUCUCCACAAUCCCCUAUUAAAGAAAAGAUUGAAGAAACAGAAAAACCAAACUCCCCUCAAAAAAGAAUCCGAUCUUUGAGUCUAGAUUCCAAACUUGAGAAUAAAAUGCUCCGUUUGCCCAGCAUAUCAAACCAAGUGAAAUGCUACAAAUUAUCGGAUGUUCAAAUGAAAGGAAACAGCAGCAAACAUUUUAUUAUGAUAAGGCCAAAACAAGAAACAGAAGACUUAAGUGGAAAAUUUGUAAAACAAGCCGUAACUCCUAGCAUGUCUAUCAGCUUGGUUGGCUCACAAAAUAAACGAAAACGUAGUCUGACGUUGCCGGAAGUUCCCCCGAAAAAAAUUUCUUCCGAGGGAUUAAAAUUGAAUGUUGGCGAAAAACCAACGAAACCACCAACUUAUCUUAUAACGACUUUAAGACAAGUCAAAAAGAACCAGAGUUUCAGUCCUGAGAAGCAAAAAAGUUUGGAGCACUUGAAACUUCCAAUUUUAAACGAUACAAAACAAGCAACAUGCAAUACAAGCUCGAAUGUUAAAAUAACGAAACUGCAACAUGGUGUGACGCUUAAACUUUUACAAAGUGCUCUAAAUCCUCAACCUGCAACCCAAGAAGGAACUAGCGAAACGCGACCACCAGUUCAACAGUUUGUCCUUACCACGGUAACUAAUAACCAGGGAAAGCAACAAAUGGUUUUAGUAAGUUCAGAUAAAUUAAGGAAAACAUCACUCGGUAAAGUUAUUACUGCAAAAAAUUCAUUUCAACCAAUCAAAUCGUCCGAUACAAGUCACAUGAUGAGAAGUAAAUUGUCAACCCAAGAACCGCCGUUUCAAGAGAUGGUUGCAAAUAAAGUUUGCCAGCGUAAUCUAAAAGUUUUAAUGGUGGAUGUAAUAGCUUAUGUUGCCAGCCAUGUACCUCUGGUGUCCACGGAACGUAAAAUACAUGAAAUUCCUUUUUCUGCAAUAAAUGAAACUGAGUAUUGUAGUUGGAACAUUGGGAAACAACGUGCUGCAGAGUGGCAAAGAGCUUCCUUAAUCCAGCAAAUACUAAAACGUGUUCAUGAAAAACUUGAUUUAUCUGAUAAACUGCCAAGUAAACGUGAAAUUGUAGCUUGGUGUUUCAGCCAUGGGUAUUCUGUAUUUAACAAAGCAAGUGAAAAUAUUGUUGAUAUUAGUUCCCUACCAUUGUUACAUCAUAAACAAUCAAUUGUCCCAACUUUAUCUGUUCAUACACUCCCAUAUUUGGAAAUUUGUGACACAAAACGUAACAGUUUAGACAAUAAUGAAGUAAACAUCAUGUCCAACACGCCAUGCAACGAUAUACAGGAUGAUAAUGAGCCUGACAUGGUGGAAGCUGAAUGCCAACACACUGCUGCAAUGGUUGAACAACAGACAAAUAUGGUUGAAGUAAAAUUUGGUUCGACAUCAAAUUUUGAAGUUUCUUCUUCUCAGCUUGUUCUAAUGCAAGCUGUAAAAAUGUUUACUGAAGAAUUAAUACGAUCGUCACUUUCUGCAUCAGUUAAAAGGUGUGGUUCUUUGAAACAACGAAAAAUGCCAAAUGCUGUUGAAGUUUUGGACGUCAGUGAUGCAUUGUUACAUCACAACAGACUUAAUGUCGUUACAGAUCAAAUGUUGGGCUCUUUAUCUUAACUGCAACAUGCUGCACAACAACUUUUUGAAUCGUACUUUUAAGGAUUUCGCUGCAAUACAGUUUACCCUGAACCGUU